CUUAAAUGUGAACUGGCCAGCUCGACUUCGACUAAUGACUACAUGGAUCCACCAUUGCAGCAACUCGUAGGACUUUUAAUUUGAUAAUCAAUUAAACUCCAAGUCAACUCCUUCACAUAUAUAUAGUCAGCUUAAUGACUUCCUCUUCUUCUAUCUCAAUCCAAAACAUGCAGCACCCUCUAUUCUUUUCCAUUUUCUUCCUCUUUUUCCUCCUUGGAUUUGCAUCUGCAGAUUAUCUUCAGAAUUCCGACUUUGAGUCGCCACCAAAGAACUUGACCGGAAACAGCAGUGUCCCGUUUGUGUUGCUGAAUGAAAACAACACGAUCCCAGGAUGGACAUUCCAAGGGACAGUUCAGUAUGUAACAGCUGGUCGAAUCAUGGCGUUGCCAGAUAAUGGACAUGCCAUACAAUUGGGUCAAGAUGCCAAAAUCAACCAGACUUUCCAAGCCAACGGCGAUUACAUGGAAUAUAUACUUACAUUUACUUUAGCUCCAGGUGGUCAGAAUUGUUCAGCCAAUGCUAAUAUAACAGUGUCAGGACCAGACAACCAGGGAAUCUUCUCUUUCAAGCAGCAUUAUGGGAAGCAAGCAUGGCAGAGCUAUGGCCUGUACCUAGGCCUUAGCGGUCAGGACGAAACUGUUAACCUCGUCUUUGAAAGCCAAGCAGUUGAAUCCGAUGAUAAUUCCACAUGUUGGCCGGUCAUCGACUCAUUACUUGUCAAAGCAGUAGAAAAUCUGGUUCAAGGCAAAGAUAACCUGCUGCUGAAUGGAGGAUUCGAAUUUGGCCCAGAUUUCUUAAGUAACUCCACCGAAGGGAUUCUACUUGAUUCCGCAUCAAGUCCAGUUCAAUCGCCAUUAAGUCAAUGGGCUAUGGUUGGGACAAUCAAAUAUAUAGACUCCAAGCACUUUUUUGUGCCCCAUGGCAAUGCUGCAGUGGAGAUUGUAUCAGGUGUUUCAGCUGGCAUACAUACCGAAGUAACACUUGCAAAAGGUUCUGCAUAUAAUCUGGAGUUCACACUAGGAGAUGCUAACAAUGCCUGUGAAGGAGAUUUUAUCGUAGAAGUUCGAGCCGGAUCAGUAGCUCAGAAUUUUACAAUAAGAAGUGAUGGGACAGGAUCGGCAGAGAAAUCUUCAAUCAAGUUCGAGGUAGAUUCAAAUGCUACAACUCCAAUCAGUUUUUCAAGCUUCACAACAAGUCAGACAAAAGACGGUAUUUUUUGCGGUCCAGUGGUUGACGAUGUAGUCUUGCUCUCGCUCUCUUCCAAUAGCCUGAGAAUCGUAAUCAACCCCAACAUUUUGAUUUCUCUGUUAUUGCUCAUAGUGAUUCUAUGGUAAUGCGCUCUAGUAUAUGCAAUUCUUUAGCUACGUAGGUGAGCAAGGCCUUUUUGUUGACAUCAAAAUUCUGUUUAUUCAAGUGUAUUAGAAACCCUUUGAUUUUUUAGAAGUGAUUUAUAUUUGGGUUUUUAUCUUAUAGAUUGGAACAUUGAAGUAAAUGGGGUUGGGAUGUGUUGAAGAGUAAUUAUUGGUGCAAACACACCAUUUGAAGAAUAAAUGAAUUCUAUAAAUUCGUAUACAUAUUUUGGUCAGCUAAAAA